GCGAUGCGCAUCCGGCCGCUGCGGCAAAAGGGCAACCUGCUGCUGUGCACGCUGCUGCUGGGCAACACGCUGGUGAACGCGAUGAUCUCGAUCCUCUCGGCCGACCUCACCUCAGGCCUCGCGGGCGGGCUCAUCGCCACGGCCGUCAUCGUCGUCUUCGGCGAGAUCAUCCCGCAGGCCGUCUGCUCGCGUCACGGGCUGCGCAUCGGCGCGGCCUCGACGUGCCUCGUGCGGCCGCUCAUGUACCUGCUCAUGCCGAUCACCCUCCCGAUCGCCAGGGUGCUCGACCUGGUCCUCGGCCGC